AUGUCUGACGUCGCCUUCCUCAAGUCUUGCCUCGGCCAGUACCCCGACUGGCCCAAGAAGGGCGUCACGUUCCUCGACAUCUUCCCCAUCCUGCGCGACCCCUACGCGCUCGAGACGCUCGUGACCCACCUCGUCUCGCACAUCACGCAGCAGUACACGACCAAGCCCGACGUGAUUGUCGGCCUUGACGCCCGUGGCUUCCUCCUCGGCCCCAUCAUUGCCAUGCGCCUCGGUGCCGCCUUCGUCCCCGUCCGCAAGGCCGGCAAGCUGCCCGGCCAGUGCGAGGUCGCCGAGUUCGAGAAGGAGUACGGAGUCGACCGCUUCGAGAUGCAGAAGGGCGCCAUCAAGCCUGGCCAGACUGUCAUUGUCUUUGAAGCCAAUUUGCUGCUCUAUGGCGGAGACCGAAGGCUGACAUACAGCGACCUCAUUGCCACUGGUGGCUCUGCCGCCGCCGCCGGCGAGCUCAUCAAGAAGGAGGGCGGCAAGACCCUCGAGUACAUUUUCAUCGUCGGCCUUCCCUUCCUCAAGGGCCACGAGCGGCUCGACGCCCCCGCGUACUGGAUGGUCGAGGCUGAGGACUAA